GCGGGUAAACUUCGGCCAUUAGCCACAGGAAUCUGCCCGCCCCUCACCAUAAAUCGAUCAACUCUAUAUACCUCCUGUCCUCCCCUCUUCGCUCUCGAAGAGAAACCCCCCAUUAGGAGCAUCUCCAGAUCAUCGCUAUCAUGGCGCCCUCUCUCGAAGUCCCCGAACCGGUCGAGGAGGUCCUCUCCCACCCUAUCAAAGCCGCUCCUAAACUCGUCGCCCCCGAACCUGAGCAUUGCCCCGGUCCCGAAUCCGAGACUGCUGGCAAAGCCGACUCCUGUGCCGGCUGUCCCAAUCAAGCCAUAUGUGCCUCCGCUCCUAAGGGUCCCGAUCCCGACAUUCCAGCCAUCACAGCGCGCCUAUCUGGCAUCAAACACAAGGUUCUGGUCUUAUCGGGCAAGGGCGGCGUGGGCAAGAGCACAUUCACAUCGUUACUCGCACAUGCGUUUGCAACGAAUCCUGAUAACACGGUAGGAAUCAUGGACACUGAUAUCUGUGGGCCGAGUAUCCCCAAGAUGAUGGGCGUUGAGGCCGAGACCAUACAUGUCAGUGGAGGCGGAUGGAGCCCGGUUUGGGUCCUGGACAACCUGGGUGUCAUGAGUGUACAGUUCAUGCUGCCGAACCGGGACGAUGCGGUUAUUUGGAGAGGGCCGAAGAAAAACGGAUUGAUCAAACAAUUCUUGAAGGACGUGGAAUGGGGAGAUAUGGAUUUCCUGCUAGUCGAUACCCCUCCGGGAACGAGUGACGAGCAUUUGAGUGUCAACUCGUUCUUGAAAGAGAGUGGGGUUGAUGGUGCGGUAGUGUUGACCACUCCUCAGGAGGUUGCACUUCUCGAUGUCCGGAAAGAGAUCGACUUCUGCCGCAAGGCUGGCAUUAAAGUCUUGGGCAUCGUGGAAAAUAUGUCGGGCUUCGUCUGCCCAAAGUGUACACAUGAAAGUCAGAUAUUCCAAGCUACGACUGGAGGAGCAAGAGCCUUGGCAAAGGAGAUGAACAUCCCAUUCCUUGGGGCCGUGCCUUUGGAUCCAAGAAUAGGCAUGGCAUCAGACUACGGUGAGAGCUUCUUCGAUGCCUGGCCAGAUAGCCCGGCUUGUACAGCCUUGAAAGGUGUUGUCAGGAGAGUUGGCGAGGAAAUGGGACUAAAAGCUGGGAGUGUCUUGCCAGAAGAUUGAGGUAGAUCAAUUUUUCUGAUAGCAAUGCCGAUGAAGCUAUGAAGCUGCCACC